GUGAAGGUAUUAUAUUUGCUGAAGGAGAAGCUCAUAAACGACAAAGAAAAAUGAUGUCUUCUUCAUUUGGUUUUUCGCAUGUCAAGGAAAUGGCUCCAACAUUCGUUCAAGCUGGCCAUAAAUUAAAAGAUCUUUGGAUGAAACAAAUUGACAACAAAAAGGUGGAACGAAUUACGAUUACAGAUUUAAUUCCAAAGAUAACUUUAGAUGUUAUCGGUCGUGUUGCUCAAGCAUACAAUAUAAUAGCUAGUCAAAAUGAUUCUGUUUUAUACUUGACCCUUAACAACAUAAUUCCAAUCAGAAAAUUUCCAACUUCUUACAAUAACGAACGUUAUGAUUCUAUUAAAAUUAUCAAUAAUACUUCUGAGAGACUAGUUGCUGAACAAAAAAAUAGCCCUGUUCGUGGAACUGAUUUAUUGUCAUUGUUGAUAAAAGCGAAUGAAAAUUUACCCGCUGAUGAACAAUUAACUCAUAAAGAAUUGAUUACUGGACACGAAACUACUAGUACUGCACUAUCUUGGAUUUUAUACUUUCUCGCUGAAAAUCCUGAUAUUCAGGAUCGUCUUCGUAAAGAAGUGCUUGAUUUAUUUACUGACCGUAAUCAUCAUCCAACUUAUGACGAAAUUGAACAUUUGAAAUAUUCGGAAUGUGUUAUUAAAGAAACUUUAAGGAUCAUGCCACCUG